CACCAAACAAGUAAUCCCAAAACACUUUUGAAAUUGAAGUAACCCAUCUAUUCUUAUCCCGUACGGUAUGAAAGAAAUCAAAGAAUAACCUUUCUCUCAUCUACUUUGUUUGCUUUAAACCCUCUCACAGAACGAAUAGACAUGGCGAGGCCGAUGAGCAUCGUGGAUCAUGGACCCAACGAUGGCACCCACCGCCUAUAUGACGUCAAAUUCUUCACAGAAACGAUUUUAACCAUAGUCACAAGCACACCCUCUUACGUUGACACGUGGAUCUCCGACAUCGAACGCCUCCACAGCCACAGUCUCAGCUCCCUCAUCGUCGGCCUCGAUCUCGAGUGGCGUCCUAACUACUGCCGCGACUGCAAAAACCCUGUGGCGACGCUCCAACUGUGCGUGGGACGCAGAUGCCUGAUUUUCCAAAUCCUCCACUCCCCAAUUCUCCCUUGGUCGCUCUGUAACUUCCUCAGAAAUCCCUCCUACACUUUCACCGGCGUCGGAAUCGAUGAAGACGUGAAGAAGCUUACGGAGGAUUACUUCCUUGUAGUUGCGACGGCGGUUGAUUUAAGGUUGAUUGCUGCGAAGAAGUACGGUGUGAAGGAGCUUAAGAAUGCAGGGUUGAAACAAUUGACGAGAAAGGUUCUUCGGAAGGAGAUGAGCAAGCGGAAGGCUAUUACGAUGAGUAAUUGGGAUAAUCGGCGGCUGAAUCCGGCGCAGGUGCAAUAUGCUUGCAUCGAUGCUUUCUUGAGUUAUGAGAUCGGGAGGAUCUUGAUUUUAGGGAAUCGAACUAAUUCGAAUUAUCAAUCAAUGAUCUAAUAAGUGAUCGAUGUGGAGUGAUGUUACACAGUGAUGGAUGUUAUGCAGUUAAGAGAGUUGCUUCAGUUCUGGCGUUUUGCAUCUUUCUUGACUUCUGAUCAUCUUCCUUGAAGCAAAUCUCAUUGCUUUUCUUGCAUUUUCACGUGUUUUUCAGAGUUUAGUGUGCCUCAAGUAAGAUGGAGCCUUCUCCAUGAAUCUAUAGUUUUGCAUUGUGGUGAUAAAUUCAAAAGUGUUGUCUUUUUAACAUCUUAAGUUAAUAGAGAUUAGACUUAUUGGACUUC